AUGGGAAUUGACCAGUUGAUCCAAGAAGCUCAGAAUCAUUUGGCUCAAGGCAGACGCGAGGAGGCUGUAGAUUCUUUGACUCGCGCUGCUCAACAAAAUCCGAACGAACGCCAGGCUUCUGUGAUCGAGGAGCUCAUUCAAACGCUCGGGAGACAUGUGGUGAAUAACAGCGACGGAAAUGCGUCUCGCGAUAUGGGAAGCAGUUUGCUGAGUACAUUUAUGGGUGGCUCAAGCGGUGGAAACGGCCAAUCUCAAUUGGGGAAAUUGGCACUUUUGAGCAAGAUUUUCGGCUCUUCUAAUAAAAACUCAGGCGGCUUCAAUUUGUCUUCGGUUGCUUCAAUGCUUGGAGGCGGUGGUAAAACAAGCUCUUCCUCAGGGUCUCACUCUGCGGCUGGUGGUGGCUUGACCGGUGCAGCUUUAGGUGCUUUGGCGGGUCAAUUUUUUGGCAAAAGCUCGCAAUCCCAGAGUUCUCAGAACCAGUAUGGGAAUCAGAAUCAAUACGGGAAUCAGAACCAGUACGGGAAUCAGAACCAGUACGGGAAUCAGAACCAGUAUGGGCAUCAGAACCAGUACGGGAACCAGAGCCAGUAUGGUGGGUCGUCAGGUCAAAACAACUCUCAAAGUCAAUCGAGCUUUGGUGGUUUGGCUGCAAUGGCAAGCUCAUUUUUAGGAGGUGGCAAGCAGUCCAAUCAGUCCCAGAAUUCUUCCCAAUACGGCAGUAACAAUAAUCAAUAUCAACCCCAGAACUCUUCCCAAUACGAAGGUAACAACAAUCAAUAUCAGUCCCAGAACUACUCCCAAUAUGGCGGAAACAACAAUCAGUAUCAAACCAAUCAGCAUCCUGGACAGGGAAGCCAAGGUAACUACAACCAAUCCAGUUACGCACAGGGUCCUCCGGGUGGUAACAACCAAGGUUCGCAGAGCGAUUAUUAUGGAUCCAAUUCGGAAACCUACAGCCAAGGAGGCCCUGAGAAGUACGGACAAAGCUCUCAAGGCGGCUAUCAAGGCAGUUACGAAAACCAAGGUGGCUAUACUCAAGGAAACCAGGGUGGUUAUAAUCACGGUGGCAGCAGUAGCUACGGCCAGCAAGGCCAAGGGGGCUACAAUCAUGGGCAGCACGGAGGAAGACCAGGGACUUACGAACAAACUAACGAAUUCUCAUCAAACUCGCAGAAUCGUCCCCCAAGCCAGGGUUCCGAAAGGCCCAAUCAAGGCUUCAGUUUCUCAGGAAACUUUGUUCAGUAG